UUGUUCCCGGCCGGACAACAGAUCUGCGAGGCCGUUGCUCCACCUGCUGCGGGUGGCACAGACACGGCGACAGAUCCCGCGGGCCAAAACCACUCCCGCGGAUACGGACCACUAACACACUGACGCAACUCACGACACCGAAGCAUGUUAUUAACAAGCAAUGGAACAGCGACGAACAAUGACAUUGUCGUCACCAAGAUUACAGACUUACACUACACGCACAGAGGCCACUCGUUCUCGAACCCAAGAGACUUAUCUAUACCAAGAGCAUGACUUCCGGGCCUCUCUUAUAAGCGCCACCAAUGCCCUUCAACACCAAAGCCUUCAAUACGCACAUUGGCCCCCGCAGGUUCCUUCACCAAGUCUUACACACUUCAAUACCACCGCCUUUUCCCAUCCCCAUCAUGGCCAUAACCCCAUCCACACCAAAACGCCGUGUGAGGCACUCCCUCCCCGCGGUCCUGAUGCGCGCCGGUACCUCCAAGGGCCUCUUCAUCCACCGGUCUCACCUCCCGCAGACGCAAGAUGAGUGGGCUACCCCCCUCCUCGCGGCGAUGGGAUCGAGGUACAACGACGCGCGUCAGAUCGACGGCGUCGGUGGCGGCAGCAGCGUGACCUCCAAAGUUGCCGUCGUCGCCCCCUCGAGCCGGCCCGGCGUCGACGUCGAGUACACCUUCGUCCAGGUCGCCGUUGGCAGCGAGACCGUCGACCUCAGCGGCAACUGCGGCAACAUCUGCUCGGGAGUCGGUCCCUUUGCCGUGCAAGAGCGGCUGGUGGCACCGCCGCCGGGGGCUCGGGCGGUGGACGUGCGGAUCUUUAACACCAACACCUCGAAGCUCAUUGUCGAGACCGUCCACGUCGACGAGGACGGCAAUGUGGAGGAGGACGGGGACUGCUUGAUCCCCGGCGUCAGGGGUUCCGGCAGCGAGAUCAAGGUCGCCUUCGUCGAGCCCGUGGGGAGCAUGACCGGCAAGCUGUUCCCGAGCGGGGAGCGGUCCGAGAAGAUCGUCGUGGAAGAAGUCCGCGCGCUGGGAGACUUCGCGGUGGACGUUACCCUAAUCGACUCGGCUAAUCCAUUCGUCCUUGUCGACGCCCAGAGCCUGCCUGCGCCGCUCAGGGGCCAGCCCGCAGAUUCCCCGCUAGCUCUCGAGGUCGCCGAGGCCAUCCGGAGACGGGGAGCUGUCCGGAUGGGUCUCGCCGCCACCAUCGAGGCUGCUGGUCUGGUCAGGGGAACGCCGAAGCUCGCGUACCUUUCGCGGCCAUCUGCCGACGAAAACACGAUGGCCAAGGAAGCGGCGGAUAUCCGGGUGCAGGCUUAUAGCAUGGGCAAGCCGCACCCCAGCCUGCAACUGACCGGCGGCGUCACCCUGGCGAGCGCCGUCAUCACGGAGGGAACGGUAGCGCAUCGCAUCGCAGGCGGUGAGGGAUCGACUUUGCAGACGGAGGGCAUACCCACGCCGAGGAGAACGCCGAGUCCGGUAGAGGGAGCCCUAAAGUCACCAGCAGGAGAGGUUCUCGGCGGCUCGCUUACCGGCGAGCACAACGCGGGCCGGACCGUCCGGAUUAAGCAUGGCAGUGGCACAAUGGACGUUGAGGUCUGGGCCCACGAGGGCGCAGAGGGAGUUGCGGUGGACCGAUGCGUCGUGACGAGGACGGCGCGGCGGCUUUUUGAGGGCAACGUCCUCUAUUACUCAUGAUAC